GGAGGUGAACCAAAAGACAAAGACGCCGUCAGAUAUUGGGAUGAUAAGGCUGUGAAGAGGAGAAUUGAUGCGGAAAAGGAGAGUCGACAUGGCAUUUUCUACAGUCCACCCGCUGCUGAAGUGAAUGAGUCAACACAACCGGGGAGCAGUACAAGUUUCCAUCAUCCGGACAUUAAGGAGUUUUGGCUCAAUUUCAACACCACAUUGAACAAUGAGAUGACCAAGAUUCAAAACUUAGUUUGUGAUGAAUUAGUUAAGUUGGAAAAUAAACUUCUUAACCGGGGAGGCAAUGAAGAAGAAGGAAAAGAACACCACACUGAGGAGGAUGAAAAUGAGCGGCCACAACAUGAUGAAGUUAUGACUGUAGAGAGCGGAGAAACACAUGAAAGUGGUGACAAAUUGCAUGAUGAUGAACAGCAAGAAGAAGAAGAAGAAGAAGAGGAAGAUGAAGACGAGAACGACAAUGUGAGAGAAGAUGAAGCUGCGGAUAAGGAUACUGAAGAUGAACAGACGUAA